CCGACUCUCAGGACUGUUCGGGACUCCGCGCGCUGGAGGACCUCCUGAUCACGGGCGCUUGCUGAGAAGAAGAAGAAGAAAAGAAGAAGUGUGUGAGGGCAGAAGGCGGUCUUCCCCAGCGAACCGGAGUGGGCGGCGUGAGGACGCGGGGUUCCUGCCCGCUCCUUGUUGAUCACAGUCCGGCUUCUGAGAUGGAGCGGCGGCGGUGAUCUGGAAGUCCACGCUGCUUUGAAACCACAGAGGAGAUGUGGGCUUCGGUGUGACGCGGGAUCAUGGCUGGGCUACACGCUUCUGACGCCGUGUCGGGGCACUUUCUGGACGCCCUCGGACCUGGACCGGGGGCCACCGUCGGGAUGACCGCGGAUGCGGCGGCGCGGACCCCCUCCAGCACCCGCGCCUACUUGGAGGUGUCGGCCGCCGCUCAGUGCUACGGAGCCGAGGGGGUCUAUACGAACGGACGGUACCGGGAGCACGGGAGUGGCAGCCGCGAUCACUCCGCCGACAGAAGCCAAGGUGGCGGGAACACACCUUGCGGCAUCAUGAAGGAUGGGUCAAAGCAGAGGCAGGUGAGGAAGAAGACUGUUUCCUUUAGCUCAAUGCCAAGUGACCGCAAGAUCAACAGCACAGCGGCUUGCAUGGCCUUCAUGAUGGAGGGUUGUGAAAUGAAGAAGGUGCGCUCCAACUCGCGCAUGUACAACCGCUAUUUCCUUUUGGAUCCGGAUAUGCACUGGCUGCGUUGGGAACCAUCCAAAAAGGACUCCGAAAAGGCAAAACUGGAGAUAAAGAGCAUUAAAGAAGUGAGACUAGGAAAGAAAACCCCAGUGCUGCGCAGCAAUGGACUGUCGGAUCAGUUCCCUGAGGAGUGCGCCUUCUCCAUCAUCUACGGCGACAACUAUGAGUCACUGGAUUUAGUAGCCAGCACGGCUGAUGUGGUCAGCACCUGGGUGAUGGGCCUUCGCUACCUUGUUUCCUACGGCAGACACCCUGUGGACAUGGUGGAGCCCAGCCAGCCAAGUCUUCGUACGUCCUGGAUUGGAUCAGUGUUCGGACUCGCCGAUAUGGAAAAAGAAGGGCACAUAGACCUUUUCAGAGCCACUCAGAUAAUCAAGGGACUUAACCCUGGAAUGAAGGAGUCGAGGAUAGCACUGAAAUUUAAGGAACUGCAGAAAGCCAAGGACCAAUAUGUACAGGCUAUUAACAUGGAUACGUUUGUGGAAGCUUACUGUGAACUUUGCACAAGACCGGAGAUCUUCUUCCUACUGGUGCAGUUCUCCAGUAACAAGGAGUACCUGGACAGCAAGGACCUGAUGCUCUUUGUUGAAGUAGAACAGGGGGUGGAGGGUGUAACGGAGGACAUGUGCAGGGAGAUCGUACAGAAAUUUGAGCCUUCUGCUGAAGGCAGGGAGAGAGCGUUUCUCUCCAUUGACGGAUUUACUCACUACCUCCUUUCCCCCGAAUGCUACAUCUUUGACCCUCAGCACAAACGGGUUUGUCAGGACAUGACCCAGCCGCUUUCUCACUACUACAUUAACUCAUCACAUAAUGCCUCCCUCUUGGAAGACCACUUCUGGGGUUCCUCAGACAUCAGCAGUUACAUCCGAGCUCUCCGGAUGGGUUGCAGAAGCAUUGAGGUCAUUGUAUGGGAUGGACCCGAUAAUGAACCCGUUGUCUACGUCGGAAGUUCUGUAGCGUCACAGCUGGCGUUCUCCAAAGUUCUGGACAUUAUAAACCAAUAUGCUUUUGAUAGUUCUGAGUAUCCCUUGAUUCUUUGUUUGGUGGCCCACUGCUGUGUCCCACAGCAAAGGGUGAUGGCCCAACACAUGAAAAAGAUUCUCGGGGACAAGCUUUAUGUUGAAUCCCCCAACAAAGAAGAAAUCUACCUGCCGUCUCCCGAAAGGCUCAAAGGCAAAAUCCUCAUCAAGGGCAAGAGGCUUCCACCAAACUGUCCUGAUGCGGAGGGCGAUGUGACAGAAGAGGAGGAGGGACUGGAAAUGUCUCGACGAGUGGGUGCAGACGAGAAAGAUCACCUGAAUGGCCUGGGGUACAAAAGACUGAGACUGUGCAAGGAGCUGUCUGACCUAGUAUCUCUAUGUAAGUCAGUCCAGUUUAAAGACUUUGACAUUUCCAAAAGAGACCAAAAAUACUGGGAAAUUUGUUCGUUCAAUGAAGUGGACGCGAAUAGGUUUGCCAAUGAAUUUCCGGAGGAGUUUGUCUGCUACAACAAACGGUUUCUGUCCAGAGUUUAUCCUACACCCAUGAGGAUUGAUGCCAGUAACAUGAACCCUCAAGACUUCUGGAAGUGUGGUUGCCAGAUUGUUGCCAUGAAUUACCAGACGCCAGGCCUGAUGAUGGACCUCAACCUUGGCUGGUUCAGACAAAAUGGCAACUGUGGGUAUGUUUUGCGGCCUGCGAUCAUGAGAGAAGAGGUGUCCUACUUCAGUGCCAACGCUCGGGACUCCCUGCCCGGUGUGUCGGCUCAGCUCCUCCACAUUAAGGUCAUCAGCGGGCAGAACCUGCCGAAACCCCGUGGCUCCGCUGCCAAGGGCGAUGUGGUGGAACCCUACAUAUACGUGGAGAUCCAUGGAAUUCCAGCCGACUGCGCCGAGCAGAGAACAAAAACUGUAUCCCAGAAUGGGGACAACCCCAUUUUUGAUGAAAGUUUCGAGUUUCAAAUCAAUUUACCAGAACUGGCUGUACUUCGUUUUGUGGUGUUGGACGAUGACUACAUUGGCGAUGAGUUCAUUGGCCAGUACACGAUCCCUUUUGAGUGCCUACAGCCAGGAUAUCGGCAUGUCCCGUUGCAGUCUCUGACCGGAGAGUUCCUCCCGAACACCACUUUGUUCGUCCAUGUGGCCAUCACAAACAGGCGCGGCGGAGGCAAAGCCCACAAGAGAGGUCUGUCAGUCAGGAAAAGUCGAAAAGCCAGAGAGUACACAAAUACCAAGACCACCGGGAUCAAAGUUGUGGAUGAGCUCUUCAGAGCUUCGACCCAGCCCCUCCGGGAAGCCACCGACCUCAGAGAGAAUGUCCAGAAUGCCAUGGUUUCCUUCAAGGAGCUCUGUGGCUUGACGCCAGCCGCCAACAUGAAGCAGUGCAUCUUGACGGUGUCCAGCUGGCUGAUGAACAGCGAGCGGUCACUGAGGGUGACCGUGGAUCUGAGUGAGACGUACCCUACCAUGGAGGCUCAGGGUCCUGUGCCCGAGUUGCUGCGGAAAGUCCUCAACGCCUACGACAUGAUGAUCCAAACCAGCAGAACCCUGAUCGAGUCGGCGGACGUGGUCUACUCCAAGCUGACACAAGCGCAGCGGUCAGGUCUGGAUUUCCACGAGGACCUGCAUCGAAUCGGCGCAAAGGAAGGUCUGAAAGGUCGCAAGCUCCAGAAGGCCAUGGAGAGCUACGCCUGGAACAUCACCGUACUGAAGGGUCAGGCAGAUCUUCUGAAGCACGCCAAGAGCGAGGCGCUGGACACCGUGCGUCAGAUCCACUGCGCCGCUCAGUCCUGUGGGAUCAGCAAGAAUGGGGCAGUGUCCCCUCAGCUCCAGCAUCCGCCCACACACUCACCACUGCCACCGCCCCCACCGCAGAUCCAGAUCUCACCACUGCCUCCGACCAUGUCCUACCCGCCGCCGCUUCCCUCCAACCCCCCGCCCCAGUUCACCCCCUCAUCACUCCUUCACGGUCAAACUGUCCCCAAACCGCCAGCCUAUCAGCAGCCCCCGCCGCUCCCUCAGCAUCACCUCCAGAGCCAGCAGCCGAGGGCGCAGGCUGCACCGCAGGACUCUCGCAAGGAGACGCUGAGCAGUGACCCCACUGGAUCCUGCUGACCGGCAGCCUGCACCCACAGAGAAUCAAGCCCACAGAGACAGGUCAAGAGCUCAGAAGAGAGAGAGGAGGCGGCCAGCGAGAGGGAGAUGGAGGAUGUGAUGGAGAGAGUGAGGGAUAUGAAGAUGGGGAGGAGGUCUCGUCGGGGUAGAAGCGAGACACAGGUCUAAGACGUCAGUCUUCGCCACGAAACACGACCGAGAAGAAGAUGUCAUCGCAAGACGCUGCGUGUCUCUGGGCCACGCUAGAAGCACACCGUGUCCUCUAGCUCUGUGGGUGCAGGCUUUCCAUCACGUCAACAUUACCUGAUUCCAUGAUCCCUGCCUUUCAGUUACCUCUGCAUGGAUUUCUUCAGUUCUCUUACACUUCCUCACCCCAACACUGCCCCCCACCCGUCAUACUGCAUUAUGUCAUUUCGCUGCAUUAUGAACUGCUGCACCACUUUCUUCUUCUGUCUGUGGUUGGCUUGCUGACCGGACUGUAGUGAAGAUAAGAGUAUAUUUAAGCUUUAAUCUCAGUCUUUGUAGUUGUGGAUGGUCACAAGUUUCAUUGGUUACACACUGACAUGACCCUGUAUUUGUUCAUGCAUUGGCAUAAAUGGCCUCCGAAAAAGGUGUCUUCAUGCAGCGAUUUUCUCCAUGUUGGGCAAAACUUUUUUUUUUCUUUUUUUUCCUGACCUUCAUGAUUGACCUUUCUAUGUGUGUUUCGUAGAACCACGUCCUUCAGAUGAUUGCAGUGCUUUACUUGGUACGGUCUCCAUCACAAUUUUUAUUAUUCACUUGAGCUCCAUGUUGGUCUUUCUUGUGGUGAGUGCCUUCCAUCCACAUUUUUGGAUUCCUGAGGCUCUUCCAAAUCCCUGAUGGCCUGCACUCCAGCCACCAUAUUGAAAGUGUUUUUUUCUGUUAGUAAGAAGUUGAAAACUCUGCUUUCAGAUCACUUUUAUAUUUGCCUAGAUUGUCAACUACACGGCCCAUAACGCACUGCAACAGGUGACUCUUUAAGCCAGGAUUUAUUGUGACGCUUUUGGCCCACAUGGACAAAACAUCAUUUGAUCAUUUUUGCUGUUGAUAUGUGCACCAUCCUUCAUGUGUCACAUUAUAACAUAAUGCAGUGUUUCUACAUAAUGUGGUGUCAUUCCCCUGUUUUUCCUCCAUGUUUGAUAAUAUACACCCAAGCUCACUUCAACUGACAUGAACAACACCAAAAAAGACAGAAAGAACAGGAAAAACCCUGCUUAUUCACACACAUCCCUCAGGUUUCUGUACAUUUACGACAGGAUCUUAUUGUGUGUUUGAGUGUGGGGGGCGGGGGGGUGAGUGUAUGAGUCUGCUUCUUCCACUGAGGGGAGCCGUCGUCCGCUCACCAGCCAAACAACUGGAACCUUUGAGAGGGACCGUGUCAUGUAGAUGUAACUUGUACGUAAAGAAUCUAUGAAGAGAGAAUAUUUAGGGAAAAUAUAAAGAUUGUUUCAAAGACUCUAGCGGACAUUGAUGAUUGCUAUUGUAAUAUAAAUGUUGUUAGUCAUCAUGUUUUUUCUAACGGUGUUGAAGAGGGCUGCUAGUGCAUGUGGGAGUGGGACGAAGGAUUAGUGUCACAACACAACAAUAAUCUGGAGUGUGUGUCACUGGACGUCUGUGUGGAUUCGAUUAAAUAUGACUAUUGUUUAUCUA